AUGACUCCUCAAGAAGUUGAACGUGAAGUCCAAGUCCUACGAUCAAUCGACCACCAUGCAAUUGUUAAGCUUCACCAGAUAUACGAACAUGAGGAUUACUCAAUCAUUCUUCUAGAAUUGGUAAAUGGUGGUGAGCUUUUUGCACGAGUUGCAGAACUUGAACGACUGGAUGAGCAGGAGGCUGUUUUUUUCAUCGCUCAGAUUCUCCUUGGUGUCAACCAUAUGCAUCAACUUGGGAUCGUCCAUUUAGACCUAAAGCCGGAGAACAUAAUGAUAGAGGAUAUGGAGACAAAACGGAUAAAAAUAAUUGACUUUGGCCUUGCCCGACGGUUAAAUCCAAAUGAGGUUAUUCAAGACAUGGCUGGUACACCCGAAUUUUGCGACAUCUUCACAUCCUGUCCCAACGACGACAUCGGGGUCAUUGAUCAUCCCCGUCGUGUUGCCCCAGAAAUAGUUAAUUUCGAUCCCAUCACCUUCGCUACUGACAUGUGGGCGAUUGGCGUGAUGACGUACAUUUUUGGUACUUCGAGCGUUCUGAUGGACAGCGAAUUAGCCAAACCGACGCCGAUAUACAAGACAGCGCCUGGCUGCAGUCGCGCUGGGCUCAGCGGUAUCUCCCCUUUCGCUGGUGACACCCAAGUAGAAACAUUCCAGAAUAUUCUCGAAUGUUCCGUCACUUUUGAUCGCGACGAAUUUCUUGAUGUCUCUCCUGAAGCGCGUGAUUUCAUUACACGGCUUUUACGAAAGAAUCCACGAAAACGGGACACCGCCUCACAGUGCCUCCGUCAUCCGUGGGUUGCGGCUGUCAUACGACAACUGACUGGCGAACCGGAGAUCAUACAAAAAAUCGACCUCAACGGUGUUGGGGCUUUAAAGACCUCUCCAUCGUCAUCGUUGAGUGGAUCGAAUAGAGUAGGGGGAAAUUCGGUAAACAAGUUGACACGCAGACAGAAGUCAGCUGAGGAGGCGAUCGAGGUGGACAGUGGUCAGGAGAGGUGUCGUCACUCACAAGUUAUUCAAAAGAUUAACCUCAAUGGAAUUCUGACUCCCGAAGCACAUUCAACCUCCAAUUCGUCUGGUUCUUCACCAAAAUUGAGAGAGAGCACUCGAAAAUGCAGUUCCAACUCAAAGUCAGUGGAGAUUGAAAAGGCGGCUCCAGAGGCGGGAGAAAGGACACCCAUACGGGAACCACAGAUUAUACAGAAGAUCAACUUGAACAGCGUCCUUCCAUCGAUGUCGUCCCAAAACACUUCCAUCCAUAUGAAUUCCGAAAGAACCAAACGAAAAUCCGUCUCAACUCAUUCUUCCGACACACAAACAAAUCCGGAAUUUGGCGAGAAGAGUAUCGAAAAUGUCAAACCACCCAAAGAGGUUGUCCACAAACACAAGGUGGUACAAAUCAACGGAAGUGCAACAAAAGAGGCCGCGCCAACACCCAUCAAAUCGGAGAAGAGUAUAAUCUCGCGAUUGGCUGAUCUGCAAGUGAACGGUGAGCCGAGUACUCAUAAAUCCAAUUGUGACUCCAUCUUUGGAAGAGCCUCCAAAUGGCUGGAAGCCACUAACAACGCCUUGGAUAAGAAAUUCCGUCCAACCUCUAACGCUGCCACAUCCAGUUCUUUCCAUCGAGCACGCAAUGCCUUUAUCAGUAAGAAUGCCUUAGCUGAAAGAAAGCUGGUGUUUACUCGUGUUCGUCUGGCUGGAGAUAUGGAUCAUGCGCUGCCCGGUUUCAAGUGGCGAGUACUCCCUACCACUAGCACUGCUUGUGAAGAAGGCGCUAAAGAGACUACUUAA